AUGAGUGCGCAGAAAUACGAUGACAGUAAAGAGAAUGGAAUGUCAGCUCUGGCCUUGCAGCGGACUGUGUCUGGGAAGCAUGAGCAAACACAAGCUCCGCAUCAACAUCUAGACCAAAACUUUAACGUUUUGUCUCUCAUUUCGACUGCCACUUCUCUAAUUGCUACAUGGGAAGCACUCGGAUCUACCAUGGCCACCGGCCUCAUAUCUGGAGGCCCGGUGUCACUGGUAUUCGGGUAUAUACUCGCAGUCUUAGGAACUUUGGCGACGGCGUUGAGCUUGUCUGAACUUGCAUCUAUGUACCCUUCAGCUGGAGGUCAGUACUACUUUGUGGUUCAGCUUGCUCCCAAGAAAUUUCGAACAGCAUGGGGAUACGCCGCUGGCUGGAUCUCCGUCUUUGCCUGGCAAACUUUCACUGCAAGUGCUCCGUUUCUUGGUGCAACAAUGCUUCAGGGUACCAUCGUACUCAACUACCCGGAUUAUUCGUAUCAGAGGUGGCAUGGGACGAUGCUGUACUGGGCCUUUCUUGGACUUGCAACACUUGUUAAUGUCUUCGCCAUCAAGAGCUUGCCUUGGGUGUUGCAUGCAACAUUCUUGCUCCAUGUUGUACUCUGGCUUGUUUUAGUCGUCGUUAUCUGCGUUAUCUCGCCCACUAAACAUACCGCCGAAUUCGUUUUCACCACUUACGUCAACGAAUCGGGCUGGAGCAGCGACGGUGUAGCCUUCAGCAUAGGCCUUCUGAGUAGCACGUAUGUGCUUGCUGGAUACGAUAGCGCGACCCAUCUCACCGAAGAGAUCAAAGACCCGGAGCGUAACGUCCCACGAGCUAUGCUAGCAUCCAUCAUCAUCAACGGCGCGAUAGGACUCGGAUGGCUCCUCGUCAUCUUAUUUUGUAUGGGCGAUAUCACCGAAGCGAUGGAGACAACGACCGGAUACCCAAUCAUCGAGAUAUUCUUCCAGAUAAGCCGUAGCAAUGCAGCGGCUUCUGCCAUGACCUGCGCCCUCAUCGUCAUGGCAGCUUUGGCAACGGUACCUCUUGUUCUGACCGCAUCUCGAAUGCUGUGGUCUUUUGCCCAGGACGGCGGACUGCCUUACUCGAAGACACUUAGCAGGGUUAACGAGAGACACCACAUUCCCUUACCGGCGAUAGCAGUGACCAGUGUAUUUCUUAUCUUGAUCGGUCUGCUAAACAUUGGUUCCACUACCGCCUUCAACGCCAUCGUCUCUUUGGGUACCGUUGCCCUAUACAUCUCAUACCUGAUGCCCAUAGUGCUCAUAUUUUAUCGACGGAUAGCUCGCCCAAGCUCACUUUUGUAUGGUCCUUUCCGGCUUGGGAAGCUUGGUAUUGCUAUCAAUCUUGUUUCUAUCGUUUAUACUGUUUAUGUAUCCAUAUUCCUUCUCUUCCCACCAUACCAACCCGUUACGGCUCAGAAUAUGAACUACGCCCCGGUCGUGCUGGGAGGCGUUCUCAUACUGAGCGCCGUGUGGUGGUUCAUAAAAGGAAAAAAUGAGUUCGUCGGGCCGGUCAUGGAUACAAUAGAAGGUCGACCUGCGCUGAGUAGUGCUCAGAGAGACGUAUAG